AUUCCAUGACACUAUCUCUAUGUGUGGAAUUUCUGUGUACAUCUUUUGAAAGAAACGUAUUAUGCUUUUGCAGAGCAUUAAUAUCAGUCAUUAGAUUCUCUUGGCACUCCAAAUCUCGAGAAAAUAGAAUAAUAAAGGGGAUGUUUUGGUUUUCACUUGGCCACUUUCAUGAAAAAUGGGAUCACAAGUGAAAGCAUACAAUCAACCUGCGUGUUAAAUCAUUAUAUCUGUCUUUGGUACUCAAAUCUCCCCUGCUUAAAUGCAAAUAUAUACCACGCGGUAUCCCUUAUUUAAUUUGCUUUUAAUGCGACCACAUAUAUAUUUCGAUUAGCAUAUCAUCCUCCCUCAAUCUCUCUUCCUCUACACAACAUUUUAACCAAAGCCAAGACCUCCUUCUCACACCAUGGCUCUACUGCGACAGUUAGAACAUGACAUGCAACAAUUGCGAAGUAAUUACAUGUCGGGGACAUAUACAAGACAAAAUAGCUGCUUCUCUCGAGGAGGAAUCUCCACCGAUACCAUCAACCUUAGAUCAUUAUUCAAACCCAAAUCAAAAGCUGAGACCAAACAACUUAAUGCCAAGAAACACAGCGAGGCAGAGAGAAGACGUAGGAAACGAAUCAAUGAUCAAUAUCGCACUCUUCGCAAUGUCCUCCCAAACUUGAUCAAAAUGGACAAGGCAACGGUGCUUGCCGAGACGGUCAGGCAGGUGAGGGAGCUGAGGAAGACAGUUUCGGAUUUGGAAGCAGUAUGUCAUGGUAGCAACAAGGACUGCGUGUUUCCAAGCGGGGUUGACAAGCUGAGUUUAGAACGCUGCGAGGAUGACAAGGGGGCGGUAAAGGUCACGUUCAGCUGCGAGGAUAGGACGGGAUUAAUGUCAGCGGUGGCGAGGCAAUUGAGGGCAGUGAAAGGGAGGGUGGUGAGGUCUAAGAUGGUGACAGUGGGAGGAAGGACCAAGGUUGUGCUGUGGUUGCAAGGGCUGGAAGGUGGAAAUGAAGGGAUGGUAAUGGCAAGGAGAGCUUUGAAGGAGGUCAUAGACAAGCCAAUUUUGCCAGGAAUCAUGAAGAUGGGAUGGCGGACUCGACGAUGGUAAUAAAUUUGUGGUCUUUAUGAGACGGGAUAUCAUUGUAAUUAUGUGGAAUCUAUUGUACAAAUUAUCGAAUUGAGAAAAUAAUGAUGGUUAAGAAUAUAGGUUUAGGGACAUGGAAA